GCCAAGUUUCCUAAAAUAACCAACAACAGAUUAAACCUCGAAUCGAUUUCAACAGAAUCUUCCUCCCCUUUCGCGUACGAUCUUCAUCCAUCACUUACGCUCCAGCGCUGACGUAUAUCAGCAUCCAAUAAGAUGGCCCCCAAGAAAGGCGACGGCAAGGCCCUUCCGAAAUCCUGGAUCCCUCCCGCAGGAUAUACUCGUCGACAGACUCGUACACAGACUCGGAAUCAACAACAGCAGCCCAACCUCUGGCAAGGGCUCACUGAUAGAGGAGAGGCAUACGACGCCCAAGGCAACCAUGUUUUAGUGCGCCCGGUGCGCGGGGGUCGAAGGGGACAGCAGACGGCGGCGCCUCCUCCUGGACCAACUGGUCCACCGCCUCCGCCACCGCCGCCUCCUCCUAGAUCACCUACUCCUAGAUCACCUACUCCUAGAUCACCUACUCCUAGAUCACCUACUCCGCCUCCUCCGCCUCCUCCUAGACCACCUACUCCGCCGCCGCCGGGGCCCAAUACUCCUGUCCUGCCAUCGAUACCUUCUCCCCAUGAUGCUGACUCUGGAGAUGAAUCUGGUGACGAAGCCGGUGGUAAGCCUGGGACCAGUCCUGAUGAUGGAUCUGGCGGUGAAUCUGGCGAUGAACCUAACAACGAAUCUGGCGAAGAACCUGAGGUUGAGUCAGGUGAAGAAUCUGAAGAAGGAUCUCAGGCUGGAUCAGGCGAUGAAUCUGCCGAGGAAUCUGAGGCGGAAUCAGAUAAUGAAUCUGGUGAUGAUACCGCAGGUCCUUCAUCGACUCCCACGCCGCCUAAACGCCCUACGAGGACCCCCCUUCCGACUGGAAAACCAACCAAAAUCAAGAUCAAGUUAACAGCAACAAAACCACAGACGUCACCAGCUGCACAGAGCCAAGAUGGCACUGAUAGCAACCAUUCGGACUUUCCCGUUGGCCCAUCUGCAGACGAAUCCGACAGCGAUAUCGAAGUGCCUGAAGAAAGCUCCGAGCCUGAAGAACCCGAAGAUGAUGCCAGUCGUGACGACAGUGAGGAGCCGACCAACAACUCUCAAAGAAGCGAAGGCAGUCACCCAGAAGAUCCACAGGAUAGCGACCAAGGUACACCCGACGAAGCCACGCGGUCAAGAAGAUCAACUCCCGGGUCAGUCGGAGGAGGCUCUGAGCCCAUGUCCACCCCUUCAAAGACACCUCAAGAACGAAAGGGUUCAAAGAACAUGGAUCCGACUCAAACAGGCAGCGACGAGUCGGAGAGUAGCCAAGUUCCCCGUGAGCCACAGAGCGAACACUCUCAACAAGAGGAUGAACCGCCUCAACGCACUAUCGUUCACUAUGGUAGCGACGACGAAACGGAAAUGUUAGUUCACGAGAGGCCUGACCCAGACCAGACCUUUGAUAAUGGAGAUAACACUUUCAACUUGGAGGACUAUCCAAGCUCAGUUGACUGGAGGGGAGAGCAUGAUGGAAGCGAGGAUGACGGCGACAACCGGUAUGACCAGAGUGGUAACGUCGGAGGUGACUAUGAGGGCAAUGAGGAUGACGACGAUGAUUCUGAGAUGCACCUUCCCGACUACACGAUGUUCGACCCCGACGAAACCGAGGGUCGACCCGAAAUGGGCCACGGACAAGGUAGCGAGUCCAAUCUUUCGAGGCAGUCCUCGCCGGGCGGUGUCUCACCGGUCUUCCCUCGGAAUAACCGUUCGCCCAGCCACUCUCCGGACCCAUCUGCCGGGGGACAGCAGCAGCCGUCAGGCUCAAGCGGCGGGCAAGGCUCUACAGCCCAGGGAAGAAAGAACGGACAGUCCAGUGGCAACAACAAGGGCUCGGCAACAGGAGGCGGACGCGGCUCUGUGGCAACGAAGACGAAGAAUGCCACUGGGAAGAGGGGAAGACCUGAAGAUCACACCGCAGACGAUGAAGCCAGGCCACAGAAGCGACAAAGAGAGGACACGGGCAAGACUGCGGUGCCAACGUUAAGGAACAAGUUCCCUCGUACCCAAUAUCGCAUAAUAUGUCCCUACCCAAGCUCCCGGGAGUCACAACCAAAGACUUCAGACAAGCGGGCAACAGCAAAGAGGCCAAGCAGCUCGCUUGACGAAGCAGUAGAGAAGCCUGCGAAGAAGACGAGAGUGUUAUAA